AUGAGUGGGAUCGAAAUCGCAGGGCUUGCGCUUGGAGCUUUCCCACUAAUAAUCAGCGCUCUGGAUGGAAUAAAGGAGUGUUCAAAAGUGCCAAAGCAAUGGCGCAACAUUCGGAAAGAGCAUAAAGCGUGGAAGAGGGAGUUGAUCGUGCAGGAAAUGAUCCUCAGACUGACCCUUGAAAAGCUCCUGCUUCCUCUUGUUCCCGAGAACCAGUCCCAGACAUUGGACGAUCUUCUGAACGACCCUGCUGGCUCUCUCUGGAGUGAGCCUUCACUUGUGCAGAAACUCAACGAACGUCUCCGAUUUACUCUUGAUCAGUAUCUUGAAGUGAUUCAAGCGCUGAAAGAAUCACUGGAGGAACUUAGUACCCAGCUUGGAAUGAACAAGGAGCACUUCCAAAACAUUCUUCUUGGAAAUGCACCGAUCAACGAGCGAAAAUCCAAAAUUCUCGCUAAAAUCGAGUUUGAGUACGUCCGGCUGAAAUUUAGUACAUCGAGUACCGAGCGGAACGAGACACUUAGGAAGAUCGAAAGAUACAAUGAACAACUUUCCAAGCUUCUUCAAGGCUGUGAUGAGGUGUCGGCUUUGGAGGAGUCCCGGCUCGCUCGCAGGAGCAAAGGUCGCAUUGAUCCCAGGCUGACAGACUUCCAUCGGCAUGCAGACCAGCUGUACACGAUGCUAAGCAAGGCUUGGCAGUGUCCACGCAGGAGCCAACAUUCUGUUCAGCUUCAGCUGCGACAUCGAAAGACAGCUGAAUUCAACUUUACUGUGUUCUUUGUCUUCGGACGAUCGAUGCCUGCGCCACUUCCACAGUGGACAUGGCGCGAAACAAAAAUCAUGAUGAUUGAGCAGGCAAAAUCCCAACAAGACCUGAAAAUGGGAUCGGCAUCCACGCUGGAAACUGCACCCAUCACGACAUCAGAACAACCUGGAGGCUCUGAUUCGGGUUUCCACAUUCGGGGCAGUGCGAAGAGACGCAAGUUAGAGGGCGAAAAUCACUGUCCUACCAAGUCUCCAGUAAAAACUCCGAAGAAGCGGGUGGGUUUUGCAGAUUCUCCCGUGAAGUCUGACUCAAUCGGCGCUCCCUCUUCGCUUUCUGCACCCCAGAGAUCCAAGUGCGACGAUGAGAUCACGAACCUUUGCUCGGUCAUGGCAUCUUCGACGUUGACGUAUUUCGGAAUCCUUCGACAUCACCACGAAGAGUAUUCCGUCUACCCCGUCCUAAAUCCCCAAGCCCCAACAGAUCCCCGGGAUACAGUCACGCUUCGGACAGUCCUUGACAAAUCUCUUGGGAUUUACCUCAGCCGAAAGCAGCGCUUCUUCAUUGGACUGACACUGGCAUCCUCAUAUCUCCAGUUGCACUCCACGCAAUGGCUAAAGAGUCACUGGACCAAGUCCGACAUCUUGUUUCCCCGCCACGGUGACAAUGUCGCGGUAGAAGAACCAUUCGUCUCGAGAGGCCUGAGUACGGGAGUGCUGGAUGGGAGCAUGCCUGCAAGCUCUCACGGUAUCGUCUCACUCGGGAUUAUGCUGCUGGAGCUGGCAUUCAAUAUGACACUUGAGGAAUACGAUCGCGAGCGCAAAUACGUGUCUCCAGAAGGGAAGCGGGAUGCGCAGCUGACUUGGCUUGCGGCGGUCAACUGGUCCAAUUCCGCUGCGGAGGAUGCGGGUAUCGAUUUCGCGGAUGCGGUGAAGUGGUGCUUGCAAGGACAGCUGAUAGCAGUGCAGGACAAAGAGUGGCGGAAGGAGCUGGUGGCCAAUGUUCUUGAGCCGCUACAGAGGUUCUACGGCGUCUUUGAAAGGAUCGCGAGACAGUAG